AUGUCACUCUCAGUGCGGGCUUCAGGACUGUCUCGAAGGCUGUCCUCCCAGAAUGGGACAGCGGGCAGAUCCAGGGGCAUGUCAGCUUCUAGUGCUGGAAGUAGCUACGGGGGGAGUGCCUUCGGCUUGGGAGCUGGCUAUGGGGGAGGCUUUUCUGCUGCUUCCAUGUUUGGCUCUGGUUCUGGCUUUGGUGGUGGCUCUGGCAGUUCCUUGGCAGGAGGUCUAGGCACUGGUUAUGGAGGAGCCCUAGGAGGUGGCUUUGGAGGGCUGGGGAUGGGGCUAGGGGGAGGCACAGGAGGAGGCUUUGGUGGACUGGGGAUUGGAUUUGGGGCGAGCACAGGAGGUGGCUCUCUGGGUCUUUCCUCGGGCAAUGAUGGAGGCCUUCUGACUGGGUCAGAAAAAGAAACCAUGCAAAAUCUUAAUGACAGAUUAGCGUCUUAUCUGGAUAAGGUUAGAGCUCUAGAAGAGGCCAAUACUGAGCUAGAAAACAAAAUUCGGGAAUGGUAUGAAACCCGAGGAACUGGGACUGGAGACUCUGGGUCCCAGAGUGAUUACAGUAAAUACUACCCACUGAUCGAAGACCUCAGAAAUAAGAUCAUUUCUGCCAACAUUGGAAAUGCCCAGCUCAUCUUGCAGAUCGACAACGCAAGGCUGGCUGCCGAGGACUUCAGAAUGAAGUAUGAGAAUGAGCUGGCCCUGCGCCAGACGGUGGAGGCCGACAUCAACGGCCUGCGCAGGGUGCUGGACGAGCUGACCCUGGCCAGGGCCGACCUGGAGAUGCAGAUCGAGAGCCUCACUGAAGAAUUGGCUUACCUGAAGAAGAACCACGAGGAGGAGCUCCAAACUUUCCGGUCAGGUGGCCCGGGCGAGGUUAGUGUAGAAAUGGACGCUGCUCCAGGAGUAGACCUCACCAGGCUCCUCAACGACAUGAGGUCUCAGUAUGAAACCAUCGCGGAGCAGAAUCGGAAGGACGCAGAAGCCUGGUUCAUUGAAAAGAGCGGAGAGCUCAGGAAGGAGAUCAGCACCAACACGGAGCAGCUUCAGAGCAGCAAGAGCGAGAUCACUGACCUGAGGCGCGCGCUUCAAAACCUGGAUAUCGAGCUUCAGUCCCAGCUCGCUAUGAAGAAAUCCCUGGAGGACUCGUUGGCUGAAACCGAGGGUGACUACUGCAGCCAGCUCUCCCAGGUGCAGCAGCUCAUCGGAAACCUAGAGGCACAGCUGGUGCAGAUGCGCGCGGACGCAGAGCGCCAGAACACGGAGUACCAGCGGCUGCUGAAUGUCAAGGCCCGACUGGAGAUGGAGAUCGAGACCUACCGCCGCCUGCUGGAUGGGGGACCCCCAGGUGAUGGCUUCGACGAAAGUUUAUCUUUGACAAACUCCAAAUCUCAAGCACAGUCCAUUGAUUCCUCUAAAGAUCCAAACAAAACCCGAAAAAUCAAGACAAUUGUGGUGGAAGAGGUGAAUGGUGAGGUGGUCUCGUCCCAAGUUCAGGAAAUUCAAGAACUAAUGUAAAAUUUUGCCAUGGGGCUUGUUUGUCUUAUGAUUGGUUCCUUUGGAAUGAGAAAUUUACAAAUAGAAAUUAUUCUUCUUGAAAUGAGAAACUGUAUUAAUUCAAUCUCUAUUCUUAUCUGUUCCGUUUUCUUUGGAUUCCCUAUUCACACUGAAUCCUUUUUGCUUUUCUGAAAUAAUUUUCAACUGCAGGUCAUUGUGGUUAUGUUGGUCUAUGUUUGUCUUCAAGCCAAAAUUAAUCUUCCUGGACUUGGAAUAGUCUUUAAUGAACUUUCUUUUGGUGAUCUGGAAGAUUUUUCUAAUCAUAGAGCUUUUAUUAUUGUUUAAAUAGAAUUAAUUAUAAUAAAAUAUGAAUGAUAAUAAUGUGAAAUGUGUGCCUUUUGAUUCCAACAAUAAUUUCAAGGCCAUAGAGAGGGGUUUUUGAGAUACUGACAAUAAAGUACAUAAACCUCGGCACAAGGAUGUCAGAGUUGGAGACCACACUGAAAAACAUUUUUAAGACAUUCUAUCUUUUUUGUCAGUCCAUCAAGGUUGCUGUCCACUACAAGGGAUAAUACCUGUCUUAUUCAUUUUUUAGCAUCUUCUUUCAUGCAGUCAAGUAAUACUUAUUAUCUGGCCCCUACAGCAUGCUAGAUGGGAAACUCAGUGAUGCAUAAGACCUAGUCCUUGCCUUGAGGGGCUCACAGUUGAUGCCAGAGGCGAACAUGUGCCAGGAAGGGUGGUAGUCAGAUAGGCUGAAUAGAAGUUCAAAGGACAUAUGGAAGAAGAAGUGAACUACUUGUCAAAGAGCAAAUCAAUGCUUCAUACAUAAGUUGACCAGGCAUAAAAGGAAGAACAGGAACGUGACAAAUACAUGUGAGAAGAUGCAAAGAUGUGAAGGAACAUUGCUUUUUUCUCCUUUGUCCUAUUUAGCAGUAGUGCGGCCCAGAGUGGGGUUUCUGUUGGGGGUAUGGCAGACCCACAAGUCAAUAUCAGAAACCAAGUUCAGUAUUGGGGUAGAAGGUAACCAAAGUCUAAGCCUGAGUAGAUGGUGGUUCAAUCUAUAUAGAUUGCCAAUUCAAAACCCUCAUAAGAAAACCAAAUAUGAAUUUAAUAACUGAGAACCAAUGCUCUGAGGCCUGAUGGGUUCAAAGUCUGGCUCUGCUUCUAGCAAGUAACUUAAGCUCUAGGAGUCUGAGUUUCCUGAUCUUUAAAGUAAAAAUGAGGGACCAGGAGUUGGCAUAA